CCAUUGCAUUAUUUUCUCUGAGAGAAUCAAUUGGAUUAAGAAAUAAUCAUCUAAUCAGUUUGGUUGUCAUGGUUUAUUGAUUCUUAUUUAAACAAAAUUUCAUUGCUUACUCGGAUCAAUCGAGAUUUAAACGUUAAGCCAACUAAAUCAACUGUUAUAACCUUUUCAAUAACUCGUUCAACCAACAGGAAAAAACGUUCAACUUUCCGAGAUAUCUUCCAACCUAUUUACCAGCAAUGUACACAAAGAUGGUUUCCCUUUAUUUUUUUGUGUGUAUUAAUUCCUUGAUUAUUUAUGUCAACACUCGAAGUAUUAAUACACCAGCAGUUUGCAAAUUAGCUCCUCAACCUGGUCCUUGCUACAGUUAUAAUCCUCGUUACUUUUUCAAUGAUGAAACGAAAACCUGUGAACUAUUUAUUUAUGGUGGCUGUCAAGGUAAUGGCAACAAUUUUGAAACCCAAAAAGACUGUAUGUCUCUCUGUUCACUAACCAGCUCAGUGUCAUUGAGACGAUCAACACGAGAUGCUGAAAAUGCUGCAGAUCCAAGCAUUGAUCCAAACUCAGAACAAGCAACAUCCAACAAAACCACAGUAAUAACAGCUACUGAACAACCAACUAAUACUACGGAACCACCCAGAAAGCGGGAAGAUAUUUGUUUCCAACCAUUUGCUGAAGGAACCUGCAAGGAAAAUUUAAUCCGUUAUUAUUAUGAUCCAGAGGUAAACAAGUGCAUCAAAUUCAUCUUCAAAGGAUGUUUCCAAUAUGACAAUAACUUUGAAAAAUUGGAAGAUUGUGAAUCCCUUUGUGUAAUACCAGACAAACAAUCAAGAUGAACUACAUAGUGUCUCGCGUAUUUAUCUAUAACUCUGCACUUGUAAUUAAUUCAAUCCUUUUGGUACUAAAAAAGGUUGAUCUUAUUUAUUUUGUAUGCUUUUUGAUAUAAGCAGUUAUAAACCAUCUAGCAGCCGCCAUCAUCAAUCAUUCUGUAUCACCUUUACUUAAUUUUCAUUGAUCACAUUUAACAUUUGCAAAAAUUGCAUUCACAAUUCAACUUGUAACACAAAUAACAUUAUAUCAUCUCUUUUUAUGUAACAUAAAAAUCCCUCAAAUGUUUGUGACAUGAUUGACAGCAAAAUUGUUAAAAUAAUGAGAAAAGUCGAUCAUGAGCCAAAAAAACGAUUAACAAUAAAGAUAAUUUGUUAAACUA